AUGGCCGAACAGCUGCGCUUCGAUGGCCAGACCGUCGUCGUGACGGGUGCUGGCGGUGGCCUGGGUAAGGCCUAUGCCACCUUCUUCGGCUCGCGCGGCGCAAACGUCGUUGUCAACGACCUGGGCGGUUCCUUCAAGGGCGAGGGCAACUCGACAAAGGCAGCGGAUGUCGUCGUCGACGAGAUCAAGAAGGCCGGCGGCAAGGCCGUCGCCAACUACGACAGCGUCGAGAACGGCGACCGCAUCAUCGACACUGCGGUCAAGGCCUUCGGCCGCAUCGAUAUCCUCAUCAACAACGCCGGUAUCCUCCGCGAUGUCAGCUUUAAGAAUAUGAAGGAUGCGGACUGGGACUUGAUCAACUCUGUCCACGUCAAGGGUGCAUACAAGUGCGCAAGAGCAGCAUGGCCACACUUUAGGAAACAAAAGUAUGGUCGCGUCAUCAACACCGCGUCCGCAGCAGGCCUCUUCGGCAACUUUGGCCAGACCAAUUACUCCUCUGCCAAGUUGGCCCAGGUCGGUUUCACUGAGACCCUGGCAAAGGAGGGUCUCAAGUACAACAUUCUCGCCAACGUCAUUGCUCCUAUCGCAGCAAGCCGCAUGACCGAGACCAUCAUGCCUCCAGAUGUCCUGGAGAACCUCAAGCCCGACUGGAUCGUUCCGCUCGUUGCCGUCCUGGUUCACUCCUCUAACACCGAGGAGACUGGCUCGAUCUUUGAAGUGGGCGGUGGCCACGUUGCGAAGCUGAGAUGGGAGCGUGCCAAGGGUGGUCUCCUCAAGGCGGACAGCACAAUGACCCCCGGCGCUGUUCUAUCCAAGUGGAAUGAUAUCAACGAUUUCUCCAAGCCCGAGUACCCCACUGGCCCGGCCAAUUUCCUCGAGCUGCUCGAGGAGGCCCAGAAGCUUCCCGGCAACCCUCCGGCACAAAACCCCGACUUCAAGGGCAAGGUUGCGCUCAUCACUGGUGGCGGUGCUGGUCUUGGUCGCGCAUAUGCUCUGCUCUUCGCGAAAUACGGCGCCAAGAUUGUCAUCAACGACCUGGCUGACCCUGAUACUGUUGUUCAGGAGAUUCAGAAGCUAGGCGGCGAGGCUGUUGGCGUCAAAGCCUCGGCCGAGGAGGGCGAUACUGUCGUGAAGGCCGCAAUUGAUGCCUUCGGCCGCAUUGACAUUAUCAUCAACAACGCCGGUAUCCUCCGCGAUAAGGCUUUCGCCAACAUGGACGACAGCCAGUGGGACUCGGUCAUGAAUGUCCACCUCCGUGGCACGUACAAGGUUUCCAAGGCCGCCUGGCCUUACAUGCUCAAGCAGAAGUACGGUCGCAUCGUCAACACUACCUCCACCAGCGGUAUCUACGGCAACUUUGGCCAGGCCAACUACGCUGCGGCCAAGUGUGGUAUCCUCGGUUUCUCUCGUGCUCUUGCCCGCGAGGGUGCCAAGAACAACAUCUUCGUGAACACCAUCGCUCCCAACGCCGGUACCAACAUGACCCGCACCAUUAUGCCUGAGGAGCUUGUCCAGGCAUUCAAGCCUGACUACGUCGCUCCUCUCGUUGUUGCCCUCUGCUCGGACAAUGUCCCUGAGCCCACUGGUGGCCUUUACGAGGUCGGCAGCGGCUGGCAGGGCGCCACAAGAUGGCAGCGUUCCGGCGGCCACGGCUUCCCGAUCGACGUCAAGCUUACCCCCGAGGCUGUCAAGAAGGUGUGGCCCAAGAUCAUCGACUUCGACGACGGCCGUGCCGAUCACCCUACGGAGCCCAACGACAGUGCUGGCAAGAUCAUGGCGAACUUCCAAAACAGAAGUGGUUCGGCGGGCGAAUCCUCCGACGGCGACAACGAGUACCUCAAAAAUAUUGAGGAGGCGAAGAAGGCAAAGGCUGACGGAACCGAGUUCACUUAUGAUGACCGUGAUGUCAUCCUCUACAAUCUUGGUAUUGGCGCGAAACGUACCGACCUACCUCUCGUCUUCGAGAGCGACGAAAACUUCCAGGUCGUCCCGACUUUUGGUGUCAUUCCUCCCUUCAAUGCCACCGUUCCCUUCAGCAUGGCCGACGUGGUCCCCAACUUCUCGCCCAUGAUGCUUCUCCACGGCGAACAGUACCUCGAGAUCCGCAAGUUCCCCAUCCCGACGUCUGCCACGCUCGUCUCGUACCCGUCGUUGGUCGAGGUCGUCGACAAGGGCAAGUCGGGCAUCAUCGUGACGGGCACGGUGACCAAGGACAAGGCCACGGGCGAGGACCUCUUCUACAACGAAUCCACCGUCUUCAUCCGCGGCGCGGGCGGCUUCGGCGGGCCCAAGAAGGGCGCGGACCGCGGGCCGGCGACCAAGGUGCACGCGCCGCCCAAGCGCGCGCCCGACGCGGUGGUCGAGGAGCAGACAACGGAGGAGCAGGCGGCCGUGUACCGCCUCAGCGGCGACCGCAACCCGCUGCACAUCGACCCCGAGUUCAGCAAGGUCGGCGGCUUCGACACGCCCAUCCUGCACGGCCUGUGCUUCUUCGGCAUCGCCGGCAAGCACAUCCUAAAGACGUUUGGCGCCUUCCGCAACAUCAAGGUCCGCUUCGCGGGCACGGUGCUGCCCGGCCAGACGCUGCGGACGGAGAUGUGGAAGGCCGGCAACACGGUCGUGUUCCAGGUCGUCGUGAAGGAGACGGGGAAGCUGGCGAUUGCGGGGGCGGGCGCGGAGUUGCUGGGCGCGGAGAAGGCGAAGUUGUAA